UGAUCUUUGAACUAUAUAUGCUUCGUAUUUGCAUUAAUAAACUCGGCUAAGACCUUCCUUCUGAGAAAUACAAAAGAGAGCUACUAAUACAAUAAUAUAUUCGAGGAUGGUACGGAAAAAACCUCAAUAGACAAUUCCCAGGGGAUCCUCUCGGUACUGCAAGUGAAAAACUUGCUCACUGGCUAUCAAGCGUCUUUCCGGGUCGUGAUACCUACAUAGAUCUGCAUUGCGGUGAUCUCAAUGAAGGGCUAAAAGCCCUUUACAAUAUUUAUCGAGGGUAGCGAGGCAUCGAAAAAGAUGGCUGUUGCUUUCGGCCUGGAUACCGUCGUCGUGGCACCUGAAAAGCGCCCUGUCUCGUCUAGCUAUGCUUCUCGUCUGGGAAUCCUAGCUAUCACUGCUGAAGUGGGAUGUAACGGCACUGUGUCUGAAGAUAAAGUCUUCCUCCAUUAUAACAGUGUGAUACGUAUCAUGGGCUAUCUUGGAAUAUUGCAGUCACCGCCACUACCUGGGGCAUCGGUUCCCAAGUUUGUAAAACUUUCGGUCCCAAUUGCAUCUACCGAUGGGCUCUGUUAUCCACGAAAACAUGUAGGUGCACACGUCGUCAAAAAUGAUGUUCUGGGCGAAGUACGAGAUGUUUUUGGAAAGUUCUUGAUACUGUUAUAGCUGAAAAGUCUGGUGAGGUUCUUUAUCAGCCGACAAGUCUUUGCGUAAAAGAAGGUGAACAAUUAAUGGGUGUUGCUUUCAGUCUUGAUUCUCUAUGAACUGUAUUUUCUUUUAAAACGAAAUAUAUCGGCGCAUAUACCAGCAAAUACCCACUUCAACAGUGAUCCCUAGCAAUACAUGCAAUGUUGCGUCAUUCUAAAUUUUUCAAUGAUGUAGCUAUAUUUUAGCGCUGACCUACACAAACACUCAGUAUAAGUGUCGUAUCUGAUUUUCGAUUUACACGACACCAAAGUUGAUUUAUGUGUGACCUGUCGAAUGGUUUUCAUUUUCCAAGCCCGUAAUUUACCUGUCCG